AUGAUGCAUUCAGGCUGCAAAAACCUUCUGCUGCUUCUAUUCUUAUUUGUCGUUGUAUUCAUUGGGAACACCGACGCAAACGCUCAGUGGGAGAUCUCGCAUAAAGUAAGAGCCGCUCCUCAUGGGGACAUGGGACGCAAUGUUAUAGACGGAAGUGGUGUAGAGAAAACCUUACAUGACAUUGGAAUGGGUGAGAAGAGAGGCACUCCCAACAAAGUUUCAGUGUCAACAGUUGCAUUGUUCACCUUGGCAAUGGCUGCUGCCACUGGGUUAGGUGCAGUGCCCUUCUUCUUUGUUGAGCUUGACCCACAAUGGGAAGGAAUAUGCAAUGGCAUGGCGGCUGGUGUGAUGUUGGCCGCUAGCUUUGAUCUUGUAAAAGAGGGCGAGGAGCAUGGUUCUGGAAACUGGGUUGUUAUUGGGAUUCUAUCCGGUGCUUUGUUCAUUUGGCUCUGCAAGCAGUUUCUUGAACAAUAUGGUGACGUGAGCAUGCUGGAUAUCAAAGGGGCAGAUGCAUCAAAGGUUGUUCUCGUCAUAGGAAUUAUGACACUUCAUUCUUUCGGGGAGGGAUCAGGGGUUGGUGUAUCGUUCGCUGGUUCAAAGGGGUUUCCUCAAGGGCUUCUGGUCACUUUGGCUAUAGCCGUUCACAACAUUCCAGAAGGGUUGGCUGUUAGCAUGGUGCUGGCGUCAAGGGGUGUUUCUCCACAAAAUGCAAUGCUCUGGAGUAUAAUAACAUCCUUGCCUCAGCCUAUCGUCGCAGUCCCAGCUUUCUUAUGCGCUGAUGCGUUUAGCAAAUUUUUGCCCUUUUGCACUGGAUUUGCUGCUGGGUGUAUGAUUUGGAUGGUUGUUGCUGAAGUGCUUCCUGAUGCAUUCAAGGAAGCAUCUCCGUCACAGGUGGCAUCUGCAGCCACAAUAUCAGUAGCAUCCAUGGAAGCUCUCAGCACUCUUUUCGAGAGUUUCACGCAUGAUUACAACUCAGAGGAUGCUUCUGGCUUCUUCGUUUCACUCCUCUUUGGUCUGGGUCCAUUGCUUGGGGGCAUAUUUCUGGUUGCAUCGGCACUAACCUUCCGUCUCCAGCACGCCCUUCUCAUGGGAGUAGCCUCAGGCAUUGCCUUUGUCCUCGGUCUUUGGCGUCCGCUUCAACUUCUGCUAUCCGCAAAAAUGGGAUUCAUCCCUCUGGUUAGUCUACUUGCAGUUGGAGCCGGAGUGGCCCAUUUAGCGAGCUCCACCAUCCUCAAUAUAACUUGUCGGAAAAAGUCCCGGGCUGGCACUUUAAUAACCCCAACCAAUUUCCCAACCAGUGCGAUAACACUCCAAUCAUUGUUAGCGUGUGGAGCGGUUGGGUUCCACGCACUAGCCGAGGGGCUUGCUCUCGGAGUCGCUGCUCCAAAGGCUUAUGGACUCGGCAGACACAUGGUACUCCCUGUUUCCCUACACGGGCUCCCGAGAGGUACAGCGGUUGCAAGCUGUGUCUUUGGGGCUACAGACAGCUGGCACGCAGCUCUUGCUGCAGCAGCUUUGAUCGGUUUUGUGGGACCCGUAUCAGCCAUAGGGUCCAUUCUAGCCGGGAUAGAUUACAGUGGACUGGACCAUGUGAUGGUGGUGGCUUGCGGUGGAUUAUUGCCCACCUUCUGGCAGGUGAUUAAGAGAGCGGUGAGGUUAGAGAGAAAGAAAGGCAGUGUGGGGAUGGUGCUGGGAGUAGCGUGUGCCGUUGUGUGUCUGACUUUCACAAGACUGGUCUGCUUGCACACACCUUACUGCAAUUCUGCACCAGAGGCUGUUAGAUGA